CCCGCGGCCUAAUUAUGCGCACCCGCGCCCGCUGGCCAGCUCGGGUCGGCGGCACCCGCGGCACACGCCUCUUCCGAGGCCCUCUCUUCGCCCUCUCGACGCUUCUGCCCCGCACUUCCGCAGGGCAGGCCCUUCCCGACGCCCGACGAGCACCGUAUGCGUCCGACGGCGUUCUCACACCGGGGCGUCGCCAAGCUAACGCUGAUUGCCUCGAGAUCCGCCGGGGGCUUGCACACAUGCGCAGGGCCGACCGUAGGCACUAUGGUCAGUCAGCGUGCAGGGACUCCGAGCGGUCGCCCUCCCGGACGUCGGCCUGGCGGUGGACGGCCUCUCGGAGCGCGGCGACGCAAAAUGAAACGUCAAGUUAGGUUGAUUGGCGCGAAGCUAAGGAGCCCGGGCCCGUUCAUAACGCUGGCUUCCGUGCUCUCUUCAGGCCGAAGAUGAAGUGCGCCUGGCCAGAACGGCCCUCUGCUAGUCGUCUGCGGCGAGAAGAGCGGGGGU